UAUAAAAUGAUGAGGGAUUGCCUGUUGUAAGUCAUUCAAGUCUUUGGUUUACUUCAGCAAGCAUCCAACCCCCAAUCAAACAAUCUCAACAUGAAAUUCGUCAUUGUUUUCGUUGCUCUUUUCGGUUUGGCUUUGGCCGCUCCACCAUCCGCAUCCGGAGAAGCUUCCAUCGUCCGUUCAGACUCUGAAGUAGGACCACAAAGCUACAACUACGCUGUUGAAACCAGCGAUGGCAAGUCUGCCAGCGAAGAAGGUCACAUUGAAAACCUUGGAGCCGAAGAUGAGGCUAUCGCAGUCAAGGGUCAAUUCAGCUACAUCGGUGAUGAUGGUGUCACCUACCAAGUCAGCUACAUCGCCGACAAGAACGGUUUCCAACCCUCCGGUGCUCAUUUGCCAGUUGCCCCAGAAGUCUAAGUUUAAAAAUUGACUUUUUGUGAUUUGUUUACCCUGACUAUUUAUUGUUAUAUUUUGUCAUCAAAUGAGAAAAUUACCAAUGAUAAGACUU